AUGCGUUUCGCUGCCAUUGUCACUCUCUUCGCCGUCCUCGCUGGCCAGGCCAUUGCUGUCCCAGCCAGGGGCAACAAUAACAACAACAACAACAACAACAAUGCUGCCGCCUCAACUGAGGGUCAGGCCUGUACCCAGAGAAUCUCGGGAACCGAAGCUGAUGGCACUUGCAACGACAUCGGCCAGUGUGUCGUGCAGUCGCCGCCCAACAUCGAGCAGCGGUUCGAGAAUGACCAGUGUGCUUGA